CAAAAGGGACAAGCAGCGACGAGACUCGAGCAGCGAAGCGACUCACAGCGGCAGACGCGAGCGAGGAAGCAGAGGCGGGCCAUGAAGUUCGGCAAGCAGAUCCAGCGGCGCCAGCUCGACCUGCCCGAGUACGCGGCCAGCUUCUUCAACUACAAGGCCCUCAAGAAGUGGCAGAUGGAGGCCGUGAUGCUGACCGGCGCCCCGCAGCUCAUCAAACAACUCAGCGCGACGCCUACGAUCCCGGCGCAAGGCGCUACUCAAGAACCGUCCAGCGAUGUGCUCGACGCCCAGGCUGCCCUGCGCGCGCACAAGGAGGUCUUCUUCUUCCGUCUCGAGCGUGAGAUAGAGAAGGUCAAUGUCUUCUACCUGCAGAAGGAGGCCGAGUUCUCGUUGCGGCUCAAGACGCUGCUCGACAAGCAGCGGGUCAUUCAGUCGCGCCGGACGGUGUCGAAUUCAAAGGCCCCCGCGAACUUCGUGGCCUUGAUAGAAGGGUUCCAGCAGUUUGAUGGUGACUUGAACAAGCUGCAGCAAUUUGUGGAGGUUAACGAGACCGCCGUAUCCAAGAUACUGAAGAAGUCGCGGACAAAAGAGCUAUAUCUACAGCGAGCGGUUGAAGUCCAGCCAUGCUUCAACCGAGAAGUCCUCCGGGAUCUCUCUGACCGCGCUACCACAGCCAGGCUAGAGCUUGAGGCAUGGGCGGAAGGCGAAAAUAUUCAGUUUAACGCUCCCAGACAGGCGGACAGACCGGCCAGCAUAGCAGAGGAGGACGACAGUGACCUCCAUAUACUUAACUCUGCUGCUGCUACGGGGAACCUCCAGCCUCUACGCGAUUGGCUCAGCAAGAUUCAGCUCUCUCCAGAUGCAGCUGACCAUCUCACCCGCAUUUUCCUGACUGCGGUCAAUGAGUAUCCAGAUGAAGUGCUCACCCUUUUGCUAGAAACUAACCUUGUCGACGUCCAUGCCGAGGACGACAUCAAUGAACGCAACUGUCUGCAUGAAGCCGUUAUCUCAGGGCGCCAGUUCGUCUUUGAUGCUGCCCUCGAGCGUGGCGUCGAUAUCUCGCAGGCUGACGUAUACGGCAGAAUUCCACUGCAUUACGCCUGCAUGCACGGCCGAGUUGGCAUGGUGCAUUCUCUACUUGAGAAGGGCCUAUCUACCAUCGACUACACGGAUCAUGAUAACUUUACCCCUCUCAUCCACAGCAUCAUCAAGGACCAGGUCUCGUGCGUUGAGCAGCUGCUCUCACACAAUGCCCGAAUCAACCCAGCCUCAGAGUCGGAUCAUAUACCACUUAACCUAGCCUGCCAGCAUGCAUCACUUGCACUAAUAAAGAUCCUGCUUGAGCGAGACGCAAAGUUCCUGCCAGAUGCCGAGGGUCUAUACCCACAGCAUCUUGUAGCGCGCUCGUGUCGUUCCUCCGCAGUUCUCCUGCUCCUCAAGGACCACGGUGCAGAUCUCGACCAGCGUGAUAAGCUGUACCAAUGGACUCCCCUAUUUCACGCGGCUGCAGAGGGCUGCGUUGGAUGCCUGCGUACUCUACUUGACUGCGGUGUCGAUGCAGAUGCUUUGGACGAAAAGGGCCUGCCGGCCAUGUAUUAUGCUGUCUGGGAGGGUCAUCUCGAAUGUAUGAAGCUGCUCUGGUCUCAGCGUAUAUCCCGUCCCAUCGCAGGGCAGACACCCCUCGACGUCCUCAAUAAUGGCCCCAAGUACCGUGAUGCCAUGACUGCCACCCUCACACCUUUGAGUGAUGAGAAGAAACAAAUUCCUGCCCUUGAGGUCGACGGUAUUCCAGACCUCUCCCUCCCACCUCCCAUCAUCCCGCUUCGUCACUAUGGCCACAACUUUUUGGACAACAAAACCUUUGUGCAGAUCCAUUUCAACCCGCCCUCUGCGGACCCCAUUGUCUUCUAUCAGACUGGCCGCUAUGCUGCUGCACGACUAACAAUAUCGUCCAAGAUGACAGACCUAAUCCCUCGUAAUGUCAUGCUGCCUUUACAAGAAGACUCGCGCUUUAUAUCAUUCCACAUUGAUAAACUGGAAAACUUUGCAAUUGACUUUGAGAUAUUCCCAACAUUUGGUUCAAAAGUUAUUGCCAAAACAGUUGCUUUGCCUGACGUCUUUGAAAAUAACGGCAGAAGUUCUGGUCACUGCUGUCUCCCCGUAUUUGACCCCAGGCUUAGAGCCAUUGGUGAAAUCCGCUUCAACUUCCAGGUCAUCAAACCAUACUACGGAGAUCCAUUGGAAAUCACUCAUUUUGCUACCUACUGGAAAGCUACCAGUGCUUUCGACGCAGAGCACAAUGGCCAAGUCACAGGUUCCAGCUUGUCUGGAGACUAUGUGCAGAUAUUCGUCCAGAUGACGAGAGACUUGGUACCUGUGCUAUAUCCCGAAUUUACAAUCAUGCACCAUGGUGUCCGCAUACCCAUCUCACAUCUUUCUAUUGAAGAAUUCAAGGCCAUCGGUCGUGAACAUCCUCCUCCAUCAAACAUUAUCACUGCUUCUUCUGAGUCAAACUCUACCAGCAGCAGCUCGACUAGCUCACUACUACCAUCCCUCGCCGCAAUGUCAAUCACUGACAUCCCCACCGCCCACCGUCUCCUAGCUACGUCCUUUUUGACUCUUGAAGAAGUCCUUCUUCAUUUACCCACGUCCAUCCAUGUAAACCUAUGCAUCCUCUACCCUUCCCCGGCAGAGCAAAAGGAGCUUGAUCUCCGCCUCACCUUCAACAUCAACAGCUUUGCGGACGCCAUUCUCACACACGUGUUCAACCAUGCCCGGGCAUCCAGGCUGGCGAAUCCGGAUUUUAUGAGAUCUGUUGUCUUUACCAGUUACAACGUCGGAAUAUGUGUAGCUUUGAACUGGAAGCAACCGAACUACCCCGUCCUGCUCUGCAACGACCUCGGUCAACCCCGGGACUCAAACAUCAGCUCAAUUCAAUCUCCAGCCUCGCCUCCAUCAUUUUCAUCUCCAGCAAUCCAAUACAGUGGCCGUGCCUCCCUUUCUAUCAAGGAAUCCGCCCGUAUUGCCCAAAGCAACAAUCUUAUGGGCCUUAUGUGCCGAUCAAGCCUACUC